AUGUUAACAACACCAGAAGAACAAAACCAAUCCAGAUCUCGAUCUCGUUCACCAGUUCAAAAAAUAAAAAAUGGUUUACAUUUAAGCUUUUUUAAUAAUUCUUCAUCUAAACGAAAAUCACAAGUUGCUAAUCAACUAACCUCCGAACAAGAGAAUAAAAUCGAUCAGUUGAAAACAUUUUUGGAGGGGAUCGGGUCACCGUUGGAAAAUGAACAACUUCAAAAAUUAUUGAAAGCUAACAACUGGGAUGUUUCCGAGGUAGCAAAUUACUAUAAAAGCUUGGCGGAUGCAGAAGAAGGUUUAAUAGCUGAUGUUAAAAAGGGUGUUAUAAUGACUGGCUCGGAAAAUGAUCGUUCGACUAGUUGUUAUAUAGAUAGUCUUUUAUUUGCCAUGUUUGCCAGAAUACAAUCAUUUGAUGGAUUGCUUUAUAUGCAAGCAGGAGAAACCAAUGCUAAAAUAUUACAAACUCAUUUGAGAUUGUUUGUAAAUAGGCUUCGUACUGGUGAACUUAUCAAUGAAUACAUGGUCAAGGUUAGUAGUAAUAUCAGAAUGAUUGAUGAUUAUGGAAGACCAACACAAGAAGAUUCCAGCGAAUUGUUUUUAUUUCUAUCAUAUCUUUACGAACUACCGUAUCUUCCAUUGGAGAUGCACUUGAUUCAUGGGGCAAAAAGAGAUCCAAUGGACGAAAGAGUUGUAACAGAACGUAUGAUUCAGAUUGCUAUACCAGGUGAACCAAAAGAUGAGACACCGGUAACACUCGAGGAAGCAUUGAAAGCACACUUUUAUGAUAAUUCUAUAUCUGGUAUUAAACGAAAGCUUUUACCUGAGGAAAAUGUCGAUUUAGCAGGGGAUGAAAAAACAAAAGGAAAAAUACAAUUAAGUAUCGAACAAUCAGAAAUUCCUGUUACCGCUUGGCAAGUUUUAAAACUUUUGCCUUUUUAUUCUGCUAGUAAUGAACAAGAUGAAAGAAUAAAGGUUGAUCAAUCAUAUUUUCCUACCACAAAUCUAUUAUUACCACUCGUAUUAAAACGAUAUGGAUUUAAUGAAAGUCUAAGGCCUUUUCGAAUAAAGAAAAAUGUUUACAUUCCACCUUUCGCCAAUUUCAAUUUGUUUGUCAAUUCCGAUGCAGCUGACGAACAACCUUAUAAGUAUGGAAUAGAUAAUAUACAUUAUAAAUUAAAGUUGAGAUCUGUGGUUUGUCAUUAUGGUGAAUCACUUUAUUCUGGUCACUACAAAGGAUUUACUCUAGAUGAUAUUCUGAAUCCUGAUGAAGUAGAUGAGGAUAAAAUAACAGAGCAUGAUUAUUACGUGGCACAAAAUCUACAACAAAUAGAAUUUUUAGAUGGAAAAAAUAAAUGUGUUUUGCAAUAA